AUGCCUCCAGCACAGAGCUCAUCUGAGGGGUGGACGCUGCUGACGCCACGUGGCAUCACUCCCAGGACAGAGAUGUGUGUGGGGAAGUGCAGCCGGAUUGUGGGUCCCUGCCUGCUGGCCCUGGGCAUGCUCUCCAUGGCAGCCAGCAUCCUCCUGCUCUUCCCUGGCGGAGCAUCCAAGUACCUGUUGGAGGGGCACAUCAGCAGACACGCCCUGGCCGUGCCGGGUGUCUGGGGAGGCGGCGUCCCCGUGCUGCUGGCAGCGACCCACAUCACAGCACUGGGGUGGCGAUGUGCCGGCUGCUCCAACUGCGGCACCCGCUGGAAUGCCUUCAUCUCCACCGUGCUCUCCAAGCUGGCGUUCCUGGGCGCUGCCGCCUGCUUCGUCCUCUCCGGGGUGGGUUUGACCAACGGCCCCCUCUGCUUCUACAAUGCCUCUGAGCACAGCCUGGGGCACGGAGCCCUCUGGGGUUACCCCUUCCCGGAUGCCACUGGCCAGGUGCCUGAUGCCAGGGCUAAGACCUACCUCUACGAUCGGCACACCUGGAGCAUCUGCCUGGAGCCAGAGGGCAUCGUGGCCUGGAACGUCGUCCUCUUCUCCAUCCUGCUGCUCGUCAGCGUGGCCGAGAUGGUGCUGUCCUUCCUCCAGAUCCUCAACGGCUGCCUCGGCUGCCUCUGUGGCCUCUGUGAGGGCAAGUAG